GGCAGAAAUAAAGAUUAUUAUUAUAGAAUAAAAAGGAGGGUAUCAGUUUGUGUGUAUGAGUGAGCGCCAUCUGUGUGCUGGUGUGCCACCUGCACCACCUCUAGCUGGUCUGUCUGUCUCAUCUUCUUCCAGAGUUUUCUGCUGAGCACAGGACGACGCAAUGGGGAAGGGCUUUGGUGAAUUGGCACAUUUGAGGGGUAUCAUCAAGUACUCCCUUUCCCCUUUUGAGCAGAGAGCCUUUGCUGGAGCUAUUACUUAUGGAAUCCCUAACAUGUUCAGAAGGUUCCGAAGUCAAGUUUUUCGUGUUGCACCUCCUUUCAUUGUUGCAUACAUGGUCUACACUUCUGUUGAAGCCAAACAUGAACAGCUGAUGCGGAAAAAUCCUGCUGAUUAUGAAAAUGACGUUUAGUGGAAGACUGAAAAUUUUUAGGUUUUAUUGAAGAGUUCUGUAGAUAUUGAACUUAAGCUUCAUUUUCAUAUACAGCAUAGUACAUUGUUUAUAUUAAAGAUUUUGUAGCCUUGUAAUUUUAUUCUUAUUUAUGGUUAACUUUUGAAAGAACAAUGAGAGGUGUAAAUACUGUAGAACAUAAAUGUCUGUGAAACAAUGCAAAUUAUAAAUAAAAAUUAUAACAAUGUACAUGA